UCAGAUUUGGUUCUCUUUGGUCUCUAGAAGUGGAAGAAGCUUGGUGUCCAGAUUCCUGAGUUUUCUCCCAUGGAAGUAGUGGGAGAAGGGAAGGAGUUCUCUUUUCCUCGGGAGGAAGAGAAAGUCCUCUCAUUCUGGAAUCAAAUCGAUGCCUUCAAGACGCAGCUCAAACGAACAGAGCAUCUCCCCGAAUACAUUUUCUACGACGGGCCUCCUUUCGCCACCGGUCUUCCUCACUACGGCCACAUCCUCGCCGGCACCAUCAAGGACAUCGUCACUCGCUACCAGACCAUGACUGGUCACCACGUCACGCGUCGCUUCGGGUGGGACUGUCACGGCCUCCCGGUUGAGCAACUGAUUGAAAAGAAGCUCGGUAUUGAGAGGAGAGCACAAGUGCUUCAGAUGGGGAUUGAUAAGUAUAACGAAGAGUGUAGGAGUGUUGUGACUCGGUAUGUGGAGGAGUGGGAGAAGGUGAUUACUAGAAGUGGUCGUUGGAUUGAUUUCAAGAACGACUAUAAGACGAUGGAUCUGCCUUUUAUGGAAAGUGUUUGGUGGGUUUUUGCUCAGCUUUUUGAUAAGAAUCUUGUCUACAAAGGCUUCAAGGUUAUGCCUUAUAGUACUGGUCUCAAGACACAAUUAUCUAAUUCAGAAGCUGGUUUGAACUACAAGGACGUUUCAGAUCCUGAGAUUAUGGUGACGUUCCCAGUUAUUGGCGAUCAAGAUAAUGCUGCUUUUGUGGCUUGGACUACUACUCCAUGGACUCUUCCUAGCAAUCUUGCUUUGUGUGUCAAUCCCAAUUUUGUUUAUCUCAAGGUUCGUAACAAGCACAAUGGGAGAGUCUACGUGCUUGCUGAAUCUCGCCUCUCAGCCCUUCCCGCUGAUACCAAGAAAUCAAAUCCUAAACCCAAAGGUGGUGAUAGUGCAGCUGAUUCUUAUCAAGUUUUGGAGAAAUUUGAUGGAGCUUCCCUGGUUGGGAAGAAGUAUGAACCUUUGUUUGACUACUUUAGUGAUUUCUCAUGUGUGGCCUUUCGAGUAGUAGCAGAUGAUUAUGUCACUGAUGACAGUGGUACUGGCAUCGUCCACUGUGCUCCUGCCUUUGGUGAAGACGAUUACCGUGUUUGUCUUGAGAACAAGAUCGUUGAACAGGGUGAAAAUCUAGUUGUGGCUGUUGAUGAGGAUGGGCUUUUUACUGAGAGAAUUACCCAUUUCUUUGGCCGAUAUGUCAAAGAUGCCGACAAGGAUAUAAUUGAAGCCGUGAAGACCAAAGGCAGACUUGUCAAAACUGGGAGCUUUACUCACUCAUAUCCGUUUUGCUAUCGAUCAGACACUCCUCUCAUAUAUAGAGCCCUUCCCUGUUGGUUUGUCCGGGUGGAGGACCAGUUGAAGGAACAGUUGUUAGAAAACAAUGAACAGACAUACUGGGUACCUGAUCAUGUGAAGGAUAAACGCUUUCACAAUUGGCUUGAAAAUGCAAGGGAUUGGUGCAUUAGCCGAAGUAGAUUUUGGGGCACGCCUCUACCAAUAUGGAUCAGUGAUGAUGGUGAGGAAGUUGUUGUCAUGGAUUCUGUCGAGAAGCUUGAAAAGCUCUCUGGUGUCAAGGUCUUUGAUCUACAUCGUCACCAUAUUGAUCAAAUUACAAUCCCAUCUAGUCGUGGGCCUGAGUUUGGUGUGCUCCGUCGUGUAGAAGACGUUUUUGAUUGUUGGUUUGAGAGUGGGUCAAUGCCUUAUGCGUACAUCCAUUAUCCUUUUGAAAACAAGGAGCUUUUUGAGAGUAACUUCCCUGGUCAUUUUGUGGCUGAAGGGCUUGAUCAAACUCGUGGAUGGUUUUAUACUCUUAUGGUGCUGUCGACUGCAUUAUUUGGAAAGCCAGCAUUUCGAAAUCUGAUUUGCAAUGGUCUUGUGCUUGCUGAGGAUGGAAAAAAGAUGAGUAAGAGUUUAGAUAAUUAUCCGCCUCCUCUGGAAGUCAUAGAUGAGUACGGAGCUGAUGCUGUGCGAUUGUACCUCAUCAAUUCUCCGAUCGUACGCGCCGAGCCACUACGCUUCAGAAAGGAAGGAGUACUUGGUGUUGUCAAAGAUGUAUUUCUUCCAUGGUACAAUGCAUACAGAUUCCUUGUUCAGAAUGCAAAGAGACUUGAGAUUGAGGUUUCUGGACCAUUUGUUCCUACUGAUCUAGCUACUUUACGGUCAUCAAACGUUCUCGAUCAGUGGAUUUACUCAGCUACCCAGAGUCUUGUUUGUUUUGUCCGUCAGGAGAUGGAUGGUUACCGGCUUUAUACUGUUGUUCCGUAUCUUUUGAAGUUCCUCGACAAUCUCACUAACAUAUAUGUUAGAUUCAACCGCAAGAGGUUAAAAGGCCGUACAGGAGAAGAUGAUUGUCACAUUGCUCUUUCAACUCUAUACAAUGUGCUCCUCACUUCUUGCAAAGUGAUGACCCCUUUUACACCUUUUUUCACUGAGACGCUAUACCAGAAUCUGCGGAAAGCAUGUGAAGGUUCAGAGGAAAGCAUUCAUUACUGCAGUUUUCCGGAGGAAGCUGAAGGAACGAGAGUGGAGAGGAUUGAGCAAAGUGUUACAAGGAUGAUGACAAUCAUCGAUCUUGCUCGGAACAUUCGUGAGCGUCACAAGCUACCCUUGAAAACUCCUCUAAAGGAAAUCACUGUAGUUCAUCCAGAUGCAGAAUUCUUGGAUGACAUAACUGGAAAACUAAAAGAGUAUGUCUUGGAAGAACUUAAUGUAAGAUCUCUUGUGCCAUGCAAUGAUACUCUCAAGUAUGCGUCUCUAAAAGCAGAACCAGAUUUCAGUGUAUUGGGAAAACGUCUUGGAAAGUCAAUGAGGCUUGUUGCAAAAGAAGUUAAAGAAAUGUCUCAGCAAGAUAUCUUAAGAUUUGAGGAGACCGGAAAAGUUACUAUUGCUGGACACACGCUGGAGCUAACAGAUAUCAAGAUUGUCAGGGUUUUCAAACGCCCGGAUGGUUUGAAAGAUACGGAGAUUGAUGCUAAUGGAGAUGGUGAUGUUUUGGUGAUUCUGAAUCUACAGCCAGAUGAUUCGUUGUAUGAAGCAGGUGUUGCUCGUGAGAUUGUCAAUAGGAUCCAAAAACUACGGAAGAAGUCAGGUUUGGAACCAACAGACGUUGUGGAAGUGUACAUUGAAUCAUUGGACAAGGAUGAAUCUGCUUUGCAACAAGUUCUGUGCUCUCAGGAACAAUACAUUAAGGAUACAAUUGGUUCAUCUUUGCUUCCGUCUACGUUGAUGCCAUCUCAUGCAGUGAUACUAUCUGACGAGAGUUUCCAAAACGUAUCAAAGCUGUCGUUUAAGAUUAGCUUGGCUCGGCCGGCUUUGAAGUUCAACGAAGAUGCUAUUCUUGCCUUGUUUUCAGGAGAUGAGAAAUUUGCAAGGGGGCUCCAAGCGUACUUGUUAUCACGGGACCAAUCGAAUUUAAAAUCAGAAUUCCAAAAAGGAAAUGGGAAGAUAAUAACUGUAAGUUGCAUUGAGAAGCUGCCAGUGGUGAGUGUGGUCCUUGGAGACCAUCUUCAUUUGACAGUGGGGGACUACUUGUUGAGCACGUCAAACUCAUGAGGGUACAAGUCUUUGGUAGGACCAUCCCUAUCUCACACCAUCCAAUCUUCUUCUUACUUUUUUUGCUACAAGUCUUUGGUACUUCGUUUCUCUUUGCAACUCUAUGACUUUUUUUUUUUGCGAAUCUCAUUUAUGAUGU